UUGAGGCUUCUUGAUUUGGAUCAAUGGUUGCACCCGCCCUCCCCCGGAAUGUGGGCCUUUGGAGCGAGCGAGGUGGGAGGGACGGAGGCGGGAGGCGUGCAGGGCCCGGGUGGCCGUAGAGGCAGAGCCGGCCGCCGGCGGUGGGAGGAGCCGUGCGGUUCCGGCUGCCCGGGCGAGGCGACACUUGGGUCCGCGCCGCGGGCGGGGACGACAGGUAGGCGAAAGGACAGCCGCGGCUCUGCGGGAGGCUCGAGCUGCGGAGUCCCCUGCGGCGCCCGGCGCGCCCCCCGAACCCUCGGCCUCAGGCGAGGCGGGGGAAUAAGGAGAUGCCGACCCAGAGAGACAGCAGCACCAUGUCUCACCCGAUCGCAGGCGGCGGCAUUGGGGACCACUCUCACCAGGUCCGGGUGAAAGCCUACUACCGCGGGUGAGGAAAUUGAGCCAACAGAGAAGUCAAAUAAUUAACUUAAGACCAUACAGCUGGGAUAUCAUGAUAACACAUUUUGAACCUUCAAUAUCCUUCGAGGGUCUUUGUAAUGAGGUUCGAGACAUGUGUUCUUUUGACAACGAACAACUUUUCACCAUGAAAUGGAUAGAUGAGGAAGGAGACCCAUGUACAGUAUCAUCUCAGUUGGAGUUAGAAGAAGCCUUUAGGCUUUAUGAGCUAAACAAGGAUUCUGAACUGUUGAUUCAUGUAUUCCCUUGUGUACCAGAACGUCCUGGAAUGCCCUGUCCAGGGGAAGAUAAAUCCAUUUACCGACGAGGUGCACGCCGCUGGAGAAAGCUUUAUUGUGCAAAUGGACACACUUUUCAAGCCAAGCGUUUCAACAGGCGUGCGCACUGUGCCAUCUGCACUGACCGAAUUUGGGGACUUGGACGUCAAGGAUAUAAGUGUAUCAACUGCAAGCUCCUGGUUCAUAAGAAGUGCCACAAACUUGUCACAAUUGAAUGUGGGCGGCAUUCGUUGCCACCGGAACCCAUGAUGCCCAUGGACCAAUCAUCCGUGCACUCAGACCACGCACAGACAGUAAUUCCAUAUAAUCCUUCAAGUCAUGAGAGUUUGGACCAAGUUGGUGAAGAAAAGGAGGCAAUGAACACCAGGGAAAGUGGCAAAGCUUCUUCCAGUUUAGGUCUUCAGGAUUUUGAUUUGCUCCGAGUAAUAGGAAGAGGAAGUUAUGCUAAAGUACUGUUGGUACGAUUAAAAAAAACAGAUCGUAUUUAUGCAAUGAAAGUUGUGAAAAAAGAGCUUGUCAAUGAUGAUGAGGAUAUUGACUGGGUACAGACAGAGAAACAUGUUUUUGAACAGGCAUCCAAUCAUCCUUUUCUUGUUGGGCUGCAUUCUUGCUUUCAGACAGAAAGCAGAUUGUUCUUUGUUAUAGAGUAUGUUAAUGGAGGAGAUUUAAUGUUUCAUAUGCAACGACAAAGAAAACUUCCUGAAGAGCAUGCCAGAUUUUACUCUGCAGAAAUCAGUCUAGCAUUAAAUUAUCUUCAUGAACGAGGGAUAAUUUAUAGAGAUUUGAAAUUGGACAACGUGUUGCUGGACUCUGAAGGACACAUUAAACUCACUGACUAUGGCAUGUGUAAGGAAGGAUUACGGCCAGGAGAUACAACUAGCACUUUCUGUGGUACUCCUAAUUACAUCGCUCCUGAAAUCUUAAGAGGAGAAGAUUAUGGUUUCAGUGUCGACUGGUGGGCUCUUGGAGUACUCAUGUUUGAGAUGAUGGCAGGAAGGUCUCCAUUUGAUAUUGUUGGGAGCUCGGAUAACCCUGAUCAAAACACAGAGGAUUAUCUUUUUCAAGUUAUUUUGGAAAAACAAAUUCGCAUACCGCGUUCUUUAUCUGUAAAAGCUGCAAGUGUCCUGAAGAGUUUCCUCAACAAGGACCCAAAGGAACGAUUGGGUUGUCAUCCACAAACAGGAUUUGCUGAUAUUCAGGGACACCCAUUCUUCCGAAAUGUUGAUUGGGAUAUGAUGGAGCAAAAGCAGGUGGUACCUCCGUUUAAACCAAAUAUUUCUGGGGAAUUUGGUUUGGACAACUUUGAUUCUCAGUUUACUAAUGAACCUGUCCAGCUCACUCCUGAUGAUGAUGACAUUGUGAGGAAGAUCGAUCAGUCUGAAUUUGAAGGUUUUGAGUACAUUAAUCCUCUCUUGAUGUCUGCAGAAGAAUGCGUCUGAUCAUCCCUGCUCGACUGUGCAUUUUGCUUGUGUUGCCAUUUAAUGCAUGGAUAAACUUGUUACCAGUCCGAUGCAAUGAACCAUUUUAUAUUUUUCACCUACAGAAAAAACACUCAGUACCUUCUGUUGUUGGCUGUAAAAGUCAAUGGUUACAUCUCAGUUUAACUACGAAAAAAAUGAAACUACUUUCCAGACAAUCCUGUCAAAAUUUAGUUACACUGGUAAUCCAGCAACCUACUGAUGAAUAAUAAAGUUGUCUUUUUUGUGCAAAGGAAAUACUAAAAAGAGUUUCUGUUGCAUUAAGGGACAUGGUGGGGUUAUAUCAUAAACCUCCUAUGAUUUUUGUCAUAUUCAUGAGGUCACUUAAGUAUUUAAUUUUGGAAUAAAAGAGUAAUUCAAAAUACAACUUGUUAUAUUACCUGUUACUUUCUGAGUUAUUCAUGUUUAAAAAUUCAGCUGCAAAUUCUGUCAUUGCCUUAGAAGAUUAAUUUAUUGAUUUUUAAGGCAACAAUUAUUAAUAAUACAAGAUGUUGGUUGCUUAGAAUUGAGGAAUACAGAGUCUUCUGAGGAAGAGAAUGGACACAUUUUAUUAAGAACCAGAUUCCAAAUUAUUAGCUGGCUGGCUUUGAAAAACUGAUUCAAGUGAUUUCUUUUAUAGUGAGGGGUUAGCUUCUGAGUUGGUCCCUGCAGUGGGAACUGUAACUGGAAUGUUAAUAAAUGUAGUUCAGAGAACCCAGACUUCUGUUAAGUGGAACACUUCUCAGUAUAUUAAAAAAAAAAAAAAAAAAUUAAAAACACUUAAAAAAAAAAAGUGCAAUGGUAAUAUUUAUUUUUUAUUGGAAAGUAAAUCCCACAGUCUCUUUUUGUGAUUUGAUCUAAAUAAUAAAGAAGCACUAGCUUGUUACCAAAAACUUGUAAGAACACUCCAUUAUCCAGUGGACACAGAAUGUAUACUAUUUUUUCCUUGUAAUUCAGUAUAAAGGAAAAUAAUUUAUCUUCCAAAUAGUGUCUUAACCAUGCUUGUUUUUUCCCCAAACCAUACUUUCAUAUCCUGUUUUGGAGCCUUCAAUGAACUUCAGGAAAAAAAGAAUAAACAUGAAUAAAUGUUCAGGAUGUGCACACACAUCCACACUCAUCACAGUUCCAACUGCUUAAGUGAGUUUUAGUGAAGUAGCUAAUACAUGUAAUCAGAGUAGAAUACAUAUCAGGGGCAGAGUUCUUCAGAUUAUUUUUAAUAUUAGUGCUUAACAAUUAUUAUUUAAAGUGAUGCCAAUGAUAGUGUCCUGUUGUUUAUUUUUAAAUAUUUUUUUAUGAAAAGGGACUUAAAAAAUAAGCAUGAUCAUUUAAAUUACUUAUAAAUGUCCAAUCUUAGUAAAAUGUAACUUUUAGGAAAGGUAUCUAGUCUUAAAUUUAAAAUGACUUAGUAUAUGUAGGCAUUUAAUAAAUUGUCUCUUUUUUGACGGGAUUGCUACAUUUCAUUUGAAAUGUAAUUUUUCCAAAGUUUCUGUCCAUGUACUACUCUCUUUUCUUUGAAUAAGUCUGAAAGCAGUGAAACCUCAAAGGAAAUGUUUAUAUAGUUCACAUGUUUAUUUAAGAAGUAUAUAUGUUUCUCUUAAGACCUGAAACUUGUUUUAGGACAAAAAACAGUAUUUACUUCAAAUCAUAAAUUUAUAAAAAUUUUUGACAUAUCAGAAAAUACUUUAUGAUCUUGCUUUUAAAUGGUACUAUUUUCCUUAGGACAUUUGUUCUCAAAUUUUAGAAUGUGGAAUAAUCACCUAGUAAGUUUGUUAUAAAAAGCACAUUGUUGGACCCACCUUAGAAUUCUAUUGGGUCUCGGGACCUCAGUUUGAGAAGCAGGUUUGUUUUUUUAGUUACUUUUAUUUUGUCCUUAGUUACAUAUUAGAAAGAGUAUUCAUGAUAAAACAUUUUGAGAAGGGUUAGAUAGUUACUAUCUUAUCUACAAUUUCAAAUAAAUUUUCAAUAAUUGACUUCAAGUUAGAUAUCUCCUAAAAAAAUUUAUCAGUUUUCUAUCAAUGUUACAAAUGAUGAGACAUUUUUCUGUGAUGAGGUUUUAACCGUUAUUCAGGGUGGCCUUUUUUUUUUUUAAUUUUUUUUAAAAUAAGAUUUACUGUGUAUAUUUUAUACUGAAUUGCAUUACAAAUAUGUUUUUAACUGUAUUUUGUUUUUUUGUAGUCCUUAUGUGCCAUGACAGUUCUUUUUAUAUUACAUAGAAGUUGUCUCAGAUACUCACCAGGGGACUAAGACAGUUGACAGAAUGGUUGGAAUUUUGGUGUUCUAAGAAAAAAUUUAUUUUACAUAAGCAUGUAUGUGGUCGAAUCAUUUUCUGUGUAUGCAGCCUGAGCCUGAAAAGGAUUUCAGGUAUUAUGCUUGUUUAGUACCUGUACAUUUACUUAAAAUAAUUUUUUUUGUUUUGAUUUUUGUCAUGUAGAAUACUGCCUUGGUCUAAUGUAAUCUGUAUUUGUGUACCUUUUUUUAAAUUACUUUAAAAUCUUUAAAUAAAAUGUUUAAUACUCA